GAGGGGCCGGCCCAGGGCCGCGCUACGUGUCCCGCAGCCCUUAUAGCCCCGGCCCGCCGGGCCCGCCGCCGCAGCACCAUGUCGAGCGGCGAGCGCACGGGAUCCACCAACGUGGUUUACCAAGCCCAUCAUGUCAGCAGGAGUAAGAGAGGACAAGUUGUCGGCACCAGGGGAGGAUUCCGAGGCUGCACGGUUUGGCUCACAGGCCUUUCUGGAGCUGGCAAGACAACCAUUGGCUUUGCUCUGGAAGAGUACCUGGUGGCUCACGGCAUCCCGUGCUACUCCCUGGACGGCGACAACGUCCGGCACGGCCUGAACAAGAACCUGGGCUUCUCGGCCCAGGACCGCGAGGAGAACAUCCGGCGCAUCGCCGAGGUGGCGCGGCUCUUCGCCGACGCGGGGCUCAUCUGCAUCACCAGCUUCAUCUCCCCCUUCACAAAGGAUCGUCAAAAUGCACGGAAAAUUCAUGAGGCAGCUGGACUUCCUUUCUUUGAAAUCUUUGUAGAUGCUCCUCUAAAUAUUUGUGAAAGCAGAGAUGUGAAGGGCCUGUACAAAAAGGCAAGAGCUGGAGAGAUCAAAGGAUUCACGGGGAUUGACUCAGACUAUGAGAAACCCGAAGCUCCGGAGCUGGUGGUGAAAACAAAUGUUGCAUCGGUGUCUGAGUGCAUCCAGCAGGUCGUGGAGCUCCUCCAAGCACAGAACAUCGUGCCCCAAGGCUCAGUCAAGGAUGUUCUGGAGCUGUUUGUGCCUGAGGAUAAGCUCAGCAGUGUCCGGGCUGAGGCAGAGAAGCUGCCAGCAGUGGAGAUCACUAAGCUGGAUCUGCAGUGGGUGCAGGUGCUGAGCGAAGGCUGGGCCACUCCUCUGACAGGAUUCAUGCGGGAGGCAGAGUACCUGCAAGUGCUGCACUUUGGCACCCUGCUCAACGACGGCGUGGUGAACCUGAGCAUCCCCAUCGUGCUGCCGGUGUCUGCGGAGGACAAGCAGCGGCUGGAGGGCAGCGCGGCGCUGGCGCUCAGCUUCCAGGGCCGGCGGGUCGCGGUGCUGCGCAGCCCCGAGUUCUUCGCGCACAGGAAAGAGGAGCGAUGCGCCCGCGUCUGGGGCACCACCUGCCCCCGCCACCCACACAUCCAGAUGGUGAUGGAGAGUGGAGACUGGCUGGUUGGUGGAGACCUGCAGGUGCUGGAGAAGAUCAGAUGGAAUGAUGGGCUCGACCAGUACCGCCUGACCCCGCUGGCUCUCAAGCAGAAGUUCAGGGAAAUGAAUGCUGAUGCUGUCUUCGCAUUCCAGCUGCGCAACCCCGUGCACAACGGGCACGCCCUGCUCAUGCAGGACACGCGGCGCCAGCUCCUGGAGAGGGGCUACAAGAACCCUGUGCUCCUGCUGCACCCCCUGGGGGGGUGGACCAAGGACGACGAUGUCCCUCUGGAGUGGCGCAUGAAGCAGCACGCGGCCGUGCUGGAGGAGCAAGUCCUGGACCCCAAGUCCACCAUCGUGGCCAUCUUCCCCUCUCCCAUGCUCUAUGCCGGCCCCACAGAGGUGCAGUGGCACUGCCGAGCCCGGAUGGUUGCGGGGGCCAACUUCUACAUCGUGGGGCGCGACCCGGCGGGAAUGCCGCACCCCGACACCAAGCAGGACCUGUACGAGGCCACGCACGGCGGGAAGGUGCUGAGCAUGGCCCCCGGCCUCACCUCGGUGGAGAUCAUCCCCUUCCGGGUGGCUGCCUACAACAAGCUCAAAAGAGCCAUGGAUUUCUACGACCCCAAAAGGCACGACGACUUUGACUUCAUCUCAGGAACACGCAUGAGGAAGCUUGCUCGGGAAGGGGAAAACCCCCCAGACGGCUUCAUGGCCCCCAAAGCCUGGAAAGUCCUCACCACAUACUACCAGUCACUGGAAAAAAAGAAUUAACUCCUCCUCCUCCUCCUCCCCCUCCCUGGAAAUACCUGUAUUAAGAGUGAGCAAUGAUCGAUUGAUUCCCUGUGACGCAGAUCACUUGGCGUGACCCUGGGAUUUUCCUACCUGGGUCAGAGUGUUUUUUACCAAUCAGAAAUACUUUGAGCCUGGUCCUUCUCCCCCUAAAGCUGCUGGGAGCAUUCCCACAGAGCUGGAAGGGAUGGGGAGCGGCUCCGUGCCACCGGGAUCGUUGCGGUGCUGCCAGGACCACACAGCAGCUCCCAGUGCAGAGGGGGGACCUCGGGCCAGGGUAAAUCCUGCCUGUGCCCCGCCUGGAGCAGAAAUGAAGAAGUGCCUUUCCACACUGUGCCUUAGACAGUUUUUGCUAAUUAACAGCAGAAUCUUUUUAAUGCCCUUUUUUACAAAGGACUUUUUAAGAUCAGCUGUGACCACCACCAGUUCCUUGUGGCUGAGCCAAUUCCUCGCUGCUUCUUUCCUCCUGUUUGACCUCUUUGGUCAAACAAAUCCCAGGCUGCGCAUUCCUGUUGCUCCGAGUUCAGCUGUCUCUGAGAUUGUGCCAUGCUGAUCCCUGCACCCACAGCUCAGCAGCAGAACUGUCCUGGGAGGCACCAUAAAGCCCUGAGAUCCCUGAGAAAGCUCUGGACAGCAAGGAAAAGUCAGGGAUGCUGUCACUGUGCUUUCAUGUGCUCCAGCAUGGCAGGAUGGGAUCCCCCUUCCCUCUGCCCACACUCCUCCCAUCCCAAAGGCAAAUCCAAGACGAAGCAGCAAAGACACGGCGCAAGGUGGAUCUGGAGAACCAGCUGAGAGGAGGCUGAAGCUCCUGCCCUCAUCCACACCUGUGUGGGUACAGGUGACCAGAUUUAUGCCGUGUCUGUGGGAUGGGGCCGCUGGGGACAGCCAGAGGAUGGCAGGAAAGCCCUCGGGCCCCUCAGCCCUGAGGGGCGCUGCUGCUGAGUUGAGAGCCAGCGCCCAGGGCUGCUCCCAGCUCUGGCUGUGGAAAGUUACCCCGGACUUUAUCUCCUUCCCCACCCUCAUCCUGACAUGGACUUUGCCUAUGCCGUGCCUGAGGCUUUUCCGCUGACUCCAGCUCCUGGCUGGCCAGCGGGGGCUUCCUGGGACAGGGCUGCUCCUGCCUUGCCUCCCCAGCUGUGAGGUGGCAGCAGAGGAAAACAACCAAGCACUUGGUAAAAGGACAGCAAUGGUCUCACUCGGUGAUUUUUGCAGCUGGCCUGCUUUAGCAGCUGCCCCAGGACCCAUCAGGAUGCGUUCCCAAUGAGCGGGGACCAGCGUUCCUCUCCUCUCGUGCUCUGGUUUUAAUUCCCGAUAGAUCCACGCUCAGCAAAACCAACCCACUCCCACUUGUGGCACGGGAACCUGCUCUGCUGAGGCCACGGUCUGUGACUGGAAAAUAUCCUUGCAAAAGGGCUUUUAAGGUUUUUUUUUGUUGUUUUUUAAGUACUUGGAGCAAAGCUGUGUUUUACCCCAGGGCAGAUGCUGCAGCCUCCAUGGGAGCUGACAGUGCAGCAGCCUCAUCCAGCCAGCCCCUCUGGCAGGAAGCCAAAAGAAAUAUUCCCAUUUAGGAUUUUUAAGGAGUGAAACAGCACUGUUGCUGCUCAUUGUAAAAUAAUCCAGUGUUGAAAGCUGCCCCCCAGUAAAUCACAGCAAAAUACAGAUUUUGUAUUAUCAUUUUAAACCAGCAUAGUGUCCUGAUUACCUCUGAUUAAAACAUGUGGACUGGAGGGUUUAUAGUCUAUUUAUUAAAGACAUGAGACUGGAAUUUGUACCUCAACUGAUGCAUCUCAUGAUUUAAUAUAUUCUGAACUCGAUACUCUAUGAAACACUCACUUUUAGUACAAAUAAAUAUUUAUAUGUGUGAAAGUAGCUCUCACUUGGUGAUUUUUGGGUGGAAAUUUGCUGGCGACUCGCUCAGCCUCGGCAAUGCUGUGCUUGAGCAGCUGUCCCUGGAGCUGUGGGAGAGGGAUCAGGCUCUUCCCUCCUUCAGGGAGUCAGGAUCAGAUGCUGAGGCUUGAACCAAGCCUCUGGAGCCGUGGAAUUAAAGCAGCCACAUUCCAAACCACGCUGCUUCCUCAGCCUUUCCAGGAAGCUGCCAGAGGGUUUGUGCCUUGACAGGGACUCCCACAGCAGCAGCAAGAGCAGGCAAGUAUGGAAGAGUUCCUGGAGCAGUGGGAAUUGCACUCCAGCUGCAGGAACUGCCCCCAGGGGCAAUCAGCAAUAGCUCCUUGUGCCUCUCAGGCAGCCCCCGAUGAGCUGUGGGCAGCAGGGAGAGGCAGCUUUGGAGGCACAGGCUCGGAUCGGGGCUCAGGCAGUGACCGGGGCUGCCCCCGGCUCUUCCUGUGCCCUCCUGCUGUGGCAUUGAACCCCUCCAAUUAAAGCCAAUUAAGACCUAUCCCUGCUGGGGUUUCACCAAGCAGGAAGCAGCCUGAAGAAAGGCAGGAGGUGCGGGAGGAGCUUCCCGGGCUUUCCCUGGAAUUUCUCAGGUGGAACAAGCCCUAGGUGAGAGCAGGCACUGAAUGCCGGAGAAUUUCCCCAGCACAGGCGCCAUUCCAGCCUUCUCAGGGAUUCCAGGAAUUCCAGCACUAAUGGCAGGGUUAAGGUUACUCAUGGAAUCGCAGAAUGGUUUGGGCUGGAUGGACCUUAAAGCCCAUCCCAUCCCACCCCCUGCCAUGGGCAGGGACACCUUCCACUGUCACAGGCUGCUCCAAGUCCCAUCCAACCUGCCCUUGGACACUUCCAGGGAUUUGCAGCUGCUCUGGGCACCCUGUGCCAGGGCCUCCCCACCCUCCCAGGGAACAAUUCCUUCCCAAUAUCCCAUCUGACCCUGCCCUCUAGCACUGGGAAGCCAUUCCCUGUGUCCUGGCACUCUAUCCCUUGUCCCAAGUCUCUUUCCUGUCACCCCCUUCAGGCACUGCAAGGCCACAGUUGGGUCACCCCAAAGCUUCUCCUCUCCAGGCUGAACAAUCCCAGCUGUGCCAGCCUUUCCUCCCAGCAGAGCUGCUCCAUCCCUCUGCUCAUCCUGGUGCCUCCUCUGGACCCAUUCCUGGAUUCCAGGCUCACCCAGAGCCAGCACUGGGCACUCAGCCCUGGCACUGAAGUAACUUGUGGGAUUAACAUCCCAGAUCCUGGACUUUCCCCAUUUCCAUAGCCCAGCAGUUCUGCUCUGCCUAAAUUCCUGCACCCUUGUGUUAGACCUCCCAUUGCUCUGUGAUACAGAGAAGAAAUCUAAGCAAUUAUUCAACUAUUUUUAUCCUCCCCCUCCCAUUUGGUUUUAAGACUGGGACAAACUCAGCCCUGCUGCAUCACCCAGCCAGCAUUGCAGAGGGCAGGGCAGCAGGGAGCAGGCUGAGCUUGAGGGACACUGUCACCAGCCCCUGACACCGUGUCAUGCCAGGGCUCCAGCCCUCCUUCUUUCACUUUAUUUCCCUUUGCAGUGCAUUUGGUUUUACAUCAUUCUGUGCCUCCCAUGUUUCCCUCCCCUCACAGGCAGCUGUGACACAGCAUCCCACCCCUGGGCUUUGAACAAUUAAUUCCCUUUACAGACUUGGGGUCAAUUAGUGCACAAUUCAUAGCAUUAUAUGAAAAAACCUGAAGUUCUUGACUAUCUCUGACAACUUCACAAAAAACCAAACAUUUUUGCCACUCACAUUUGUAACCCUUGGCCUUUAUCACAAGAGAACAAGAAUUCACCAGAACUGGUACCAGCAAGGACAGCAUGUUGCUAAAACACAUCAAUAAGCCCCAAACCCAUCCUCUUUAAAUUCACAGAUCUGAUAAUGGGACAGAGUCAAACAUCACACAGUGUCCCCCCCUGUGCCUCAGGGCUGUGACACUUCAGGGAACGGUGCCACAGUGGGGCUUGCAGAGACCGAGGGAGAAGCAAGUCCUUGGGACAGUGCACAGGAGCUCAGACAGCUCAGGCUUCAGAGAGCUCAGAGGACAUGGGGCUUUAGGAAAGAGCAAGUGGGAUUCUACUCUAACUGCUCACAGCAAGUGAAAACCAAAAACAAAAACAGCCUUCAUGUAAAAAGCCUUCAAAAGCAGAAUUCAUAAAAAAAUUAAAAGUAUUCAAACAUUCUUACAUAAUAGUUUGCUAUCUUGACUAAAUGGCACCAGAUUUCAAGUGGUCAUGUGGAAGAAAAAUCAGUAGCAUUUCAAAUGUUCUAGGAGCAGUUUCUAUCCUGGCAUUUGCUGCUAAAAGGUAGAAGUGAACUGAGUAUCGAGGAAUCUUUCCCCUAUGCAGCUUCUGAUUUGGUUUGCUUCAGGAAGUAGAAAAGAUUUUCCGUACUCAAGUUAUCUACAGAUUAUGUCUAUAUAUAAAAAAAAGUGUGGCUAUGUACAGGUCCUGCACUCACACACCCAUCUGUACACACCCAGCCCGUGCCAGGUCCUGCCCCCUGGCUCCGGGACCACCCUCUCCUGCUGGAAGGCUCCAAGGGAUCCCUGGGGACAACACGCAGGCACUCGCUCUUGGUCUGGGCUGAAUUGUUCCACUCAUGAUCUGUGCUUCCACUUCCAGUUGGAAUUGCAAUAACUUAGAGGUUGUUGUUGUAUAAAAACGAUUCCAGGAACAGAACUCCCUUUGCCACCCCCAUUCCCACCCCCUGACAUUGGUUUUGCUAACUGAUUACAGAAGUCAAACUAAAUCACUUCAGGAACUGCAAACACACUCUUUCCUCUUAAUCAAA